AUGUCAAACACAGGGAAUGACCAGUUUGAUCUUAAAGUUGUUAAAGCUCGUAGGAGAAUUGAAUUCCUACAGGACGACCUGAAUUGGCUGGUGCAACACCAAAGAUCCAUUGAUCCAUUUUUUGGUUUUAACAAGACGAAAAUGAUAUCCGUUUGCAAAGAUCUUACAUUCCUGAUGUCUUUCCUGGAAAGGGUUCAAGAAACUUCCGCUGGUGACCAUCCAACUGUUGCAGCUUUGCUUAAUGAGAUUACUCCUUUGGUUGAUCAACUAUUAGGGGAGGUUUGCUCUUAUAUACACUAUAAAAAUAAAACCAUAAAAAAUGAUGGCUUCUUUCGGUGCUUUAACAUCAGAUCAACAAAAGAGGUCGCCUUCCUUCUGUUGGGUUCGGGCUCUGCUUUCAAAUGUAUAUUUAGAAAUUUGCUUGAGUUUUCUGGGAUGGGCUUCCUCCAAUAUUCUAGAAAUAGGACCGCCUUCCUUCUGCUGGCUUCGCUCUAUCUAUUCAUCUCUUUUCUCAAAUGUAUUUAUAGAAAUUUGCCUCAAUAUUCUGGGAUGGGCUUCCUCCAAUAUUCUAGAGAAUUCCUUCAGAGUGCUGGGAUGGGCUUCCUCCAAUCUUUUAUACAUUUGCCUCAGAAUUCUGGGAGGCACUUCCUCCAAGAUUAUAACCCUCAGCAUACUCUUUUCGUUAUUAAGCUUCAGCUUUGGCUCUUUCUAUGCCUCUUGGUUUUCGCUUUCAUUUUGAUUUCCGUGACGACCUUCCACCUAUAUUCUUGGAAGAUUGGUAAUUUGUUGAAGAAGGUCAAGUCUGUGGAGCAAGAGGUUUUGGUUACUUUCAACUGCAAUGGUACCAUUGAUAAAGCUGGAGAGCCUUCUGUUAAAAUUUCAUUGAUACACAACCCCAGUUCUGUUAUCAAGGAAAAGAUAGUGGUUGGACUUCAUGAGGAGGCAAGAGAACUGCUACACAAGCUUAUUGGUGGGAGAAAGCAAUUGGAAGUGAUUUGUAUCACUGGGAUGGGAGGAAUCGGUAAGACAACUUUGGCAUGUAGAUUGUAUGAUGAUCCAUCUGUUGUUAAUCAUUUUCAUUUGCGUGCAUGGACAUCAGUUUCUCAGUUCUGUGAAAAGAGAGAGUUAUUCUCUAAUAUUUUAAGUUCCAUCUUGAAUGAAAGUGAUCCAAUAUUUUCCAUGAGUGAUGAGCACAUGGGAGAGAAGUUGUAUAAGUGCCUAAAGGGAAACAGAUAUUUGAUUGUGGUAGAUGACAUUUGGGAUAUUGAAGCGUGGCAUGAGAUAAAGGUAUGUUUUCCAGAGGAUGACAAUUGUAGCAGAAUUUUGAUGACUACUCGAAAUGAGGAUGUGGCUUCAAAAGUUAGAAUUAGUAGUAGUCCCCCUCACCGUUUGAGGUUUUUAACUCAUGAUGAAAGUUGGGACCUUUUCAAGCAGAAGGUAUUUCCUGAUAAGAGCUUCCCUGCUGAGUUGGUUGAAAUAGGGAAUCAAAUCGUUGCAGACUGUAAGGGCCUGCCUCUUGCAAUUGUUGUUAUCGGUGGACUUCUUGUGAAGGAGGUCAAGACACAAGAAUGGUGGAGACAGGUUGCUCAAAAUAUAGGAUCUGCUAUUAGUAAUGGCCCAGAGAAUAUCAUGGAUAUACUAGCAUUGAGUUACGAACACUUGCCACCUUCACUGAAAUCUUGUUUUCUUUAUGCUGGAUCAUUUCCUGAAGAUUAUGAAAUCCCUGUGAAGAGGUUGAUAAGGUCUUGGAUUGCUGAAGGGUUUAUUCAGCACACUGAUGAACAGCAGUUGGAGGAUGUGUUACCUGAAGAAGGAAAAAAAAAUAAGAAGUUGGAAGAUACGGCAGAGGAUAAUCUGGUAGAUCUCAUCAGUAGGAGCCUUCUCAUAGUCGAAAAGAAAAGACCUGAUGGUGGAAUAAAGUCUUGUCGUAUGCAUGAUCUGUUGAGAGAUUUAUGCCACAGGAGGGUUAAGGAAAAGAAGUUUCUGCAGCCCAUUUGCAAGUGUAGACAAAAUGGUGCUCACAAUCCUCGUACAUUUUCUGAUUGUCAAUAUUUCCACUUCUAUAAUUCUCAUUUUGUCAAUGAAGGCAUAGUGUUUAACAAAGAUACAUUGCCAGUAUAUAAACUUCUUAAAACACUGGAUAUGAGGCAUAUCAAUCUAGAUUCAUUUCCUGAGAUGGUAGCACGGUUACUUCAUUUGAAGUACUUGGCACUUCGGGUUGACCGCAUUGAGAAGUUACCGCAAUCAAUAUUUGAACUCUGGAGGCUUGAGACUUUCAUCCUGAAUGGAGAUAAAGGGGGAAGAGUUGCCUUAACUACUGACAUUCUGAAGAUGGUGAACUUGAGACAUUUUCAAAUUUCACAAGAAUUGGUACUUCAACAAUUUUGGAGGGCAUUAUCACGGGAGUUACACAUGAGCUCUGAAAAGGGGCCGGCCCUUCUUCCACUCAUACUGGGCAAGUUGCAGACCAUUUCUGAGCUGUGUUCUCUAAAUUCUGUAGAAAACUUGCUUGCAAGCACUCCCAACCUCAGAAAAUUAGGAUUUCGUUUUACAUUAUCUAAGAGAAAUGAGUCCUUUUCAUUUCCCAAUCUUUCUGGUUUGAAUCAGCUUGAGGCACUGAAAUUUGAAUAUCAAACUUUGGGCAUGGUGCCUCUAGGCAUUCCUCAUCCCGAGAUGUUCCCUCCAAGUUUGAAGAAGAUGACACUAAUAGGUAGUCAUUUGAACUGGAAAGAAAUGGCAAUUAUAGGGGAGCUACCUAACUUGGAGGUUCUCAAGAUAAAAGACAAUUUCUUCAGCGGACCAUUGUGGGAAACAAGCGAUGAUGGUUUUGGCAGCCUCAAGUUUUUGAAACUCUCGCAUUUGGAUCUUCAAAACUGGAUUUCCUAUAGUGGUCAUUUCCCUAGGCUAGAGUGGUUAGUGAUAAAUGGAUGUCUAGAUUUGGAGGUUAUUCCAUCUGAGAUGGGAGAGAUCCCUACACUGCAGAAAAUCGAGGUGUAUCGAUCGUCUAACUCAGCAGUGGAAUCAGCAGGACAAAUCCAAGAAUCACAGAGGUGCUUCGGUAAUGAUGAUUUCAAGGUCUUUAUAUACCAGCAUUUUCAAGAGUUCUAG